UAAAAAAAAUAUAGUACAGCGUGCAGUUGCAAAGAAGGAAUUCGUUGAACGGAUUCCAUUCAAUAUUUAGAGACGUGGGGAACCUCAAUUCUGCUUCUCGAGCAUUCUGCACUUCUGCACUCAAAAUGAAAUAAACAUGUGGUUGGACGUUGGAAAGAAAAAGAGAAAAGAUAAAAAAUUUACUCCAAAGAGCAAACCUUCUGGUAUUGCAUACAACGUUUUGUUGCGAUGGCCUGCUGAUGAUUAAUAUCAUCUCAAUUUUGUCUCUUUUUCUUUGUUAAAACUGCAUUAAAUUUAUUAGAAUUGCGGUUUGGAUUGUAGAAGUGGUGGUGCGGUAUUCAAUGGCAUUGAAUUAUUUAUCGUAAUUUCCAAGUUCACAGCAGUUUACAGUUUAUAAUGUCGACUACUGUUAUGGAGCUGAAGCUCAUCGACGAGUUAUUGCAUUGCGGCAUAUGUUACGAGUACAUGAAUACUAGUGUAAUAACCUCCUGCUCCCACAGUUAUUGUUCCUUGUGUAUUAGGAAGUAUCUGCAUUACAAGACUCAAUGUCCAACCUGUUACGAGCAGACCUAUGAGAAAGAUUUGAGGAAGAACAAGCUCUUGGAUGAGAUUAUCAUCCAUUAUGUGAAUUUUAAAGAGAAAUGCGACAAAAAAUUAUAUCGCGAAGAGUUGCCGAUUGUAAAGGAUGAAAAUCCUGAAAUCGUGUGCUCCGCAAACAAUUUUGAGAGUAAAAAAGUGCAAGAUGUUCUCGAUGCAAUUGAGACAUCGCCUAAAAGUUUGGAUAGUCCGACGCUUGCAGCUAGUAAUACUACACCUCAUGGACGAAAAGAUUAUCAGCAGGACAUAUCCACUCCUAGCACUAGUGGAGAUCUUAAGAUACCAUUAAUGUUUACGCCAAAAAGUAGAAAGACUUUUCAAAGAGAAGAGAAUUGUCAGGUAGUUAUAUGUCCAGUGUGUAAAGUGGAAAUACCCCAAAUUAAUAUAAAUAGACAUUUGGAUGAUUGCUUAAAAAGAAAGACUACAAAGAAUGAACCUAAAAAAAGCAAACUAAAUCGUAAGCCAUUGCCAAAGUUAGUAUUAAGUUUAAUGAAAGAUACUGCCUUAAGAAAAAGAAUGAAACAAUUGGGUUUGUCAUGUCAAGGUGAUAGAAAGGCAUUAGAAAGUAGACUGCAGAGAUACACGAUUCUUUACAAUGCAGAAUGUGACAAAACGUAUCCAAGACCUGUGUCGGAAUUAAUUAAGCUAUGUGAGGAAGAAGAGAAUUUGGAGAAGAAAGUACAGAAACCAUCAAACAGAUUGAAUGUCAAUAGAAAUACAGGUUACAAUGUUAUAGAACAACAGAGAAAAAAGUAUUUGGCUACAAAUAAGGAUAGCUUUGACCAAUUAAUCGCAAGAAUAAAACAUGAUAAUCCACAAAAAAUAUCUGUUAAACGCAAUAUAUUAAACAAAGGAAAUUCUGAUUUUUUACAUAAUGAUCGUUUUGCAGCAAAUGAUUUGAUCAUUAAAGAUAAUCAAAGACCUAAUGUUUUAUCAGUGACUUCUACCAAAUAUAUUGAAGAUUCAGAUUCGGAUGCAUCUUGUCCCUUUCAAACGUAUUCUAGUGAAGAUGUUAUAACUUUUUUAGAUAUCACUUACUCAUCCUCAUCUAACGAUUCCAUUAGUCAAUCUACUUCCAAUCAUGAUACUUCAAAUCAGCUGUAUAAAACUAAUUCAGAUUUAUUUAAAUCUGUUAUAAAAACGGAAAAUAUAAAGACUGAGAAACUAUCUUCCGAAAAUGUUUCAAUAUAUGAAAAAAUAACUUUUAAUAACCAACCAAAAGAGUGUGACGUUUUGGAGAAUGAAAUGGAUCUUGACAACAAAAUAAUUUCUGAAUUUACCAAAGUGGAAACAGAGGAUGCAGGGCAAAGUGAAUCAACUAAGAGUAAAAGUGAUAUGAGGAUUUAUAGAUCUAACAAAUAUGUGUAUUCCGAACCGGAAUCACGCAAUGAAGACAGAGAUUCAGUAUUAGUUAUUGAAAAUUUUGAAGAAGACGACAAUACUGACAUUCAGGACAAUUAUAAUACAUCGAAGCAUGAGCAGUUAGAUAAAGCGAUGAAGGAAUAUGCUGCAGACGGUACUAAAUCUGAGAAAGAAAACGUGAAAGCGUUGGACCAAAAUUUCACAUUUCGAAAACGGAAUCGCGAAGUGUCAUUCACGCUAAAUGAUGAGGAUAACGUUGCAAACCAAGCGAUAAAUGCUAAGAAAUCAGCCCGGCUGGGCCUUAGCGAGGCUAAGGGAUUUAACAAUGAAACUUUUGAAGAAACUCUGUGGGAUAGAAGAAAAUCACAAAGUGAAAAGGAGCAGUCGCAGAUAAUUCGUACGAACAAUAUUACGAGGAAAUCUGCUAGAUUGAAAAAUAAAGUGAGUAAAUGAUAUCAGAAACGUUGAUUCAAGGAAUUAAGAUAACUGAAUCAUAGAAAUAAAUAAAAAAUAUCUUAUUGAGUAUCAUAAAAUGUAAAAAUAUUAAAUCAAGUAAUCUUUUGUAUCUUGGAUUGUAUAUAUUUUUAUACUCGUAGUGCUUUUGAUAUAAAACAUAAAUGCAUAUUUAUUUUUUAAGGCAUAAUAAGAAUAAAAAUUGUUCAAAAAAGAAAUUGAAAAAGUAGUUUUAUAUGUUAUUCUGUCUUCUUUACGUAUAGCGUGUUUUAUAAUUUUAUAUAGUAAUAUAUUUCUUGCUUUUUUUAAAAAAAGUUUUUAAAUCAUUUAACGUAUUUUUUAAAAAUAUUUUUGGAUAAUCUUGAUUAUAUUAAUAUUUGCAUAAUUUUUUUAAUUACGAUGUAACAAUUGAUUAAGGAGUGAAAAUAUAUUUCAUAUAUUUGCAAUACUUUCCCAUCCAUGUACAACGUUUUGUUACGUCAUUCCAAUAUGCUUGGUAGGGAAGAUAGCAAAGUCUUUAUCAAAGAAACAAUUAAAUUUUAUUGAAUAUAUACAUAUCUACUAUAUCAAACAGGAAAGGGAGACUAAACAAUAUAACGAUCGGCGUAAAUUUCGAUGAAACUUGCAUGUAUAUCUCGAAUGUAUAUUCAUUGAUACUAACAAUAAUUUAAUAAGUUUAACAUAAUGUCAAAAUAUAGUUGUCUGUCUCUAACAAUUGGUUACAGAGUAAAAUAUUCGUCUUUGACAUUAAUACAACUUUGGUAUCGAUUUAUACAAUUGUACAGUUAACUUUAUAUAUACAUACCGUGCAAUUUGCACGAUAAACUCGUCUAAGUUUUCUUAGAUUUAAAGCGCUAACAUUCUAAACGGAACGACUAUCACAUUCAUUACAUAUUGUUCUCAUCUAAUUCUUACUUAACGUUAUUGCACUGUUAUAGACCGUUAAGCUUUAUAUCGUGUCGACACCUCUUGCGUGCAAGGUGUGUCAUUAUAUCGUAGGAACAAAACUUUUUCUACGGCUCGAGAAGCAUCGUUGAUGUAAAUGGUUCGUGUACUUUAACAAGCUGCUGCCUCUAACUGAUCUAGUAUUUCAUUAAGAAUUCGUUUAAGAAUAAUCAAUCAUCUUUCUUGUGAUCUUCUGACAUUAUAUGAUUGAGGAGACACACACAUACGAUUAGGAAAUACAUAUGUUUUCGGACAUAAAAUAGCUCUCUCCUUAAACAGAUUCGCGCAGUUAAUAAUAAUCUCUGUUCCGCUGUGGUAUGGCAUCACGCGAGGUAGUUACUCGAACGUUGAUACAUCCCUCAAGUAUUGUACAUAUGCUACAAGCGAUUCUAACUUUUUAUCCCGUGCGUAGUUGUCUGCCGAUCUUUUCGGAGAAGAUCGAAAUAUUAUAGAUGCGAGACAUUAUCUUACAAGCAGUAGUCACAAUUCAUUUAUUGUUAGAUUCUCGUAAAUGACCCAUUUACAACUUAAACAAGUUUGUUCUUGACGCUUACGAUAGAUUGUCUUUUGAUUCGCUAAGAGACUGGAGAUAGAAGCCUCCAAAGAAGUUAGAUAUUAACACGGCGAAAAAACUGCCGUAAAAGGCCAAUUAUCUCCUACUAUUUAUUUAAUCUCUUUCAAUUAAAUAGUUUUUAUUACUUUAUUUAAAAAUUUAUUUUAUCAGUUAAAGGGAAAUUCCUGAAAAUAUAUUAUCUCUUCCGCUUGAGUAAAGAAACUCGAGCUUCUUUUAUCACACGCUCUUUUAUUAAUUAUUGUAAAUUCUCAUCUAAUCACGAAUGGACGAAGUUAAAGCCGAAAUGUAUGUUAGCUGCCUCACACGAUGAAUUUAUUUUUCACGUGAAACUUCUCGCGCAUGGUGAUGCGGAACGAGUAAAAUUAAUUAAUUCACAUUUUUUGUCCACACGAAUGCGCGGUAAUAGACGUCAAGCUCUUUCGAUAAAGUUACACUUUCUGGGAUAAAAAUACAGUAUUUACAUGAUUAAUAUGUUCUGCAUAGUAGUGCAGCUUUCUUUUCAAAGAAUUCGGAAGAAGAAUUGCCACAUGCCUUUGGGAAAAUACAUGAAAUCUAGUUUUAAUUUUAGUUUUAAGUCGAACUAUUUAAAGCGUGUCAGGGAAAAAUCAAAGUUAUAUUAUUAGCGUCAAUUUAUUUACAGAUACUUUCGCUAGUUUAAGUUUCUAUUUUUUGUGGAAUUUCGUUUAUCUUUCUCGUUUGAAUAAAUACUGGUGGAAUAUGCAUGUGAUUU